AUAACUAACAUACAAACACACAAACACACAAAUAAACAAAUCUGCCUUGUGUUCUUGAGCUCUCUUCCUCUACUUCUCUGUUGUAUUUCACUCCCAGAAAAAAAGGGAAAAAAAGAGAGGAAAAAACAACAGAGACAGAGAGGGAUGGUGAUCAUAACCAUACUGUUAUUGGCAGUUUUAUUCAUAGCUGGCCUCAUUAAUUUGUUCUUUUGCUUCCCAACCAAGAGGUUCUACUCAUGGUUUCAGUCCUUAUUUAGCAGUAAGUAUUCUCCUAUAUCAGAGAAUUGCUCCAUCCAGGCCCCAAAAAAGGGGUUGAGUGCUGAAAAGAAGGAGGAGCUGAGGAGGGUGUUUGCCACUUUCGACAAAAAUAGUGAUGGAUUCAUAACAAAGCAGGAGCUGAGAGACUCGCUCAAGAACAUUGGGAUCUUGCUGAGUAUGAAGGAUGUGGAAGAAAUGGUUGAGAGAGUGGACGCCAAUGGAGACGGGCUGAUUGAUCCGGAUGAGUUCUGUGAGCUGUACGAGUCGAUGGGCGGUGGUGGAGGAGAUGGUGAGAGAGAAGAGGGCGGAGAAGGGGAGGAUAUGAAGGAAGCUUUUGAUGUGUUUGAUGGGGAUGGAGAUGGGUUGAUCAGCGUGGAGGAGCUGAGGUUGGUGCUGUCGUCUCUGGGGUUGAAGGAAGGGAAGAGGCUAGAGGAUUGCAAGGAGAUGAUAAGGAAGGUAGACAUGGAUGGAGAUGGAAUGGUGAAUUUUGAGGAGUUCAAGAAGAUGAUGAAAGCUGGUGGCAAAAGGCUUCUUUCAGCCUCAUCAUAGCCACCACACCUCUUCUGCUACUCUCUCCUCCGCUCCUGGGCAUGUGUUCAUUUCAAAUAAAAGGGGGUUGAUUUCAUAGAUUCAAACGAAGAGGUAGUGGGGGAAUUUGGAGGAGCAGCGUAUAUACAACGAACAAGGCACUAACCGGUCUUCCUUCCUUACUUCCAAGUCUUUGAUUUCACAGCUGCGUGUAUAAAUUGUAAUGCGUGUGUGGGGGGUGCGCUUCGUGGGUUUUAUUUUCUCCUGUCUUUUCUAGCUUAGUUUCCCUUUGUAAAUUGCAAAUGCACCUUGACUUUUAAAAUCUUAAUUAAUAAAUAUUUUCUGUCGUCAAACAAAUGUACAUAAUAAA